CGUUACAGUAGUCGGCGCGCACUCUACUUAAAUCGCUCCAAACUCCAAAGCAAAGGCAGGAAAGGAAACAGAAAAUUGUCAGUUUUGUGUAAAUUUUGCUACAUUUUGUUGUUGUUGUUGUUUUUGUGCAGAGGAGAGAGUGUGAGUUGUGUGGCUUGUGCAUGCCUCCAAAGCACUCUCUUGCCCACCUAACAUAAUUCAUUAUUUUUAUUUUUUUUUGACGAUUACGCAACUGAAAAAAAUUGAGAGAACGGACGAAAGGAUUUGACGAUCAACGUAAAAAACUUCUGAAAUAAUAAUUAAAAACUACAACAUUAGAAAAAAAUUAAAAAAUGUAAAUUAUUUAAAAAAAUAACUUAAUUAAUCAACCUAGAAGUGGAAAAAUUAAUGUAGAAAGAAUAACGUGGAAAAUAAAUGUGCUUUGAAAAUAAAAUUAAAUAAAUGGAAAAAAAAAGUUAAAUAAUUUAUCUAGUUGUUAACUUCUAAGAAAGUUGGAGAUAAAAAGUGGAAAAUCGUUGUUAGUGUUAAAAUAAUAAAUUUAUUUAUUAAAAUUAAUAAAAAUAAAGAAAUAUUUAGGAAGAAAAUUUAAAUCAAAACGAGAAAAAUGCCGUCAUUUGAUGUUUUAAAAGAAAAGGCGUCUGGCGUGUUUGCUGGAAUUGGCCAGUUUGAGAAGUUCAAAGUCGCUCAACCACAUGGCGGUUACGAUCAAAUGGAUGGCGGCGAUGGUUUUAAGCCGACACUGAACGACGCUCCGGACUCGCCGUGCUCGUUUGAGGAGCUGGAACGACCUCCGCUGCGGCACGUCGACAAAUACGUGAAGGCACAAUGCCCGUGCUUGAACACGAUACGAUACACAGUUGCCUUGAUGGCCUGUUUGGGGUUUAUUGUAUCGUUUGGCAUGCGAUGUAACAUGGGAAUGGCAAAGUUACAAUUUGAAAAUAAGACAGAUGGUUACAAUUGGUCAGUGGCGACAGAAAGUGCCAUCGAUUCGUCCUUCUUUUGGGGAUAUUUAGUGACGCAAGUGCCCGGUGGCUUUUUGGCGUCAAUGUAUCCGGCAAAUCGGAUAUUUGGCACGGCGAUUGCGACAUCGGCCUUCCUGAAUUUGCUCGUGCCCGGGGCAAUUAUGCUUCAUCCAACUUUUGUGAUAUUAGUGAGAGUGCUGCAAGGAUUAGUUGAGGGCGUCACAUAUCCCGCUUGCCACGGAAUUUGGCGAUUUUGGUCUCCGCCGAUGGAACGUUCGCGACUUGCGACGAUGGCGUUCAGUGGUUCUUAUGCUGGCGUCGUCAUCGGGAUGCCCAUGUCUGGCUUUUUGUCGGGCAUGGUGGGUUGGCAGGCGCCUUUUUACUUCUACGGCGUCUGUGGCGUCAUCUGGUACGCUGCUUGGUUAUGGCUGACGUUCGAAAAGCCACGCGAUCAUCCGGCAAUUACGAUCCAAGAGCUGAAAUACAUCGAAAAAUCGUUGGGUGAAAGUGUCCAAAUUGCGAUGCCAACAAUCGCAACGACGCCCUUCCGGGAGAUUUUCCGAUCGUUGCCCGUUUACGCCAUUAUUGUGGCGAAUUUUUGUCGUUCCUGGAACUUUUACAUGUUAGUGUUGUAUCAAAGUGCGUAUCUGAAUCGGUCGUUUGACUACAAAAUCGAAGAAGCGGGACUUGUGGGUGCUUUGCCGCACAUUAUUAUGACGAUAAUUGUGCCAUUCGGCGGCAUGUUGGCGGAUUAUUUGCGAAAAAAUAAUAUUUUAUCGACGACAAUGGUGCGAAAAAUCUUCAACUGCGGCGGAUUCGGCCUCGAAGGCUUCUUCUUUUUAGUUGUAGCGCAUGCCUCGACUUCGGGAACAGCUGUCACUGCCCUCACACUCGGUGUUGCCUUCAGCGGUUUCGCUAUUUCUGGCUACAACGUCAAUCAUUUGGACAUUGCUCCGCGUUACGCCAGUAUCCUCAUGGGUCUUUCAAAUGGCAUCGGGACCAUUGCCGGCAUCAUAUGUCCCAUCGUAAUUGAUCACAUAACGAAAAAUCAGCCGAAGGAAUGCUGGCACACAGUUUUCAUGAUGGCUGCCAUUGUUCACUUGUGCGGAUGUACUUUCUAUGCGGUUUUCGCGUCUGGAGAAUUGCAACCGUGGGCUGAACCGACGACGGAAGAGCAGGAAAGUUGGAACCGAACUGCGAGCAUGAAGAAACCCAUGUCACCCAAAAUUCAAGAGACUGCAUUUGACGGCAAUCAAUUCACCCAGAUCAACAACGCUCCAGCAGCGAGUUACGGCGCCACAGAACACGUGAGCAACAAUCCCUUCGUGAAUCCCGCCACAAUUGUCGAGGAGCCCGUUCAACCUUAUGCGACCGAUAGUUACAUGCAUGGAUCAGCGCAAGACAGAACGUAUUAAAAAAAUCACGGGUAAGCGAAAUUUCUUCCUAAAAAAAUAAAAAAUAUAUAAAAAUGCGUUAAUUAUGUUGAAAAUUUAGACAAAAAAAAUAUAUC